CCCAGCCUGUGCAGGUGUACAGGGGCUUUACAGAAAAAAAGAUUGCUGCUUCGUUGGGAGCCUCAUAAAUGAGCGCCAGGUCUUUGAUUGGAGACAUUUCAUUGGAGACCCUCAUGGCGCUGAUAGCGGUGGACAGGCCACGCCCAGUGGAAGUGUCAACCACAAUACAAAGAUCUCUGCUGCCAUCAGACGGUCAUAGGGGAGACUGUAACAUAACAGACAAUUCAAUUUUAGGCAGACAGGUGGAUGUAAUGCACCUUUGCCGCCCGUUAAUCAAACCAAAAGAAGAAAUGUGAAUCCGCCAUCAUCCUGCCGGUGUUUUGAAAUUAAUUCCAGCCACUACUCCACGAAAAGUCAUCCAUGCAAACUGAAGUGGCCUAAGAAGGUGCCAUGGAGACUGUAGCCCUGCCAAUGUGGUUAGUGCAAAGACGAGAGGAGGAGUAAAUGGAGUCAGGGCGACAGGGCAAACAUACCAGUUUUAAGAGGAAGUUGUUGAGGGACAACAAGCAUGCAACUUUUAGGUCAGCAAAGGAAUUAAGAAGACUGUACAGGUUUAAUUAUUAUUGCAAAUGGAUCUGCUGUGCUGGGGCAAUGGAGAGCUGGGCCAGACUGGGCAUGGCGGAACGGGUGACAUCACCCCAGAGGACUCUCAUCUCGAGCAGUUCACAGAAGGCGGUCUGGGAAGGGUGAAGCUGAUGGCAUGUGGAUCUACUCACUCCGUUGUGGUCACAGCAAAUAACAAGAUCUUUGUGUGGGGAAAUGGCACCAGUGGACAGUUGGGUACUGGAGAGAUGACAGUCAAGUAUCAGCCGGUGGAAAUCACAUUACCACUGGAAGAGAACCGUAGAGGAUCAGACGACAAUCUUCAGGUGAUCAAAAUAGCUGGUGUUGCCUGUGGGAGCAGACACUCCUUCAUAUGGACUAAAACUGGGCUGGCCUACAGUUUCGGAAACAACUAUUACGCUCAGUUGGGCUAUGACUUCCAGAGAGCUGAUUUCCAGGAGAACCAGCUGGCACCACGUUUGUUCCAGAGUUUUCCAUCAUCUUUGAAAAUAUCUCAAGUGGCCUGUGGCGAGCGACACACACUGUUUGCACUGCAGGAUGGGAGAGUGGCGGCUUGUGGGCACAAUGAUUGUGGACAAAUAGGCAGUGGUUCUGAUGGGAAUGUCAUCAUCCCUCACUUUGUGGAAGGUUUGGACCGUGUGUCUAAGGUCAUCUGUGGGGCCAACCACAGUCUUGCAUUGACAGGUGACGGGAAGUUGUUUCAGUGGGGCUGUGGACGAGCUUGUGGAAACACGCAAAAAAACAUCUUCUACCCACAACACGUGAUGUUACAGUGUUCACCGGUGAAGGAUAUGGCUGCCGGAUGCUGGCAUAGCCUGCUUCUAACAGAUGGUGGAUAUGUCUUCUCCUGGGGGAUGGGCCAAGAGGGGCAGCUUGGACUUGGAGAGAAAUGCCUUCAGAUGUCAACUCCUUGCCUGCUCAGCUAUUCCCACCGAGCUCAGGUCACCAGAAUACAAGCAGGAGACAGUUACAGUGCAGCUGUGACAGCAGGUGGAGAGCUUCUUCUCUGGGGUCAGGUCCCUUGUGUGUCCCAGCUCAGUGAACAUCCCAGUCACAGAAGGAUUUGGAUCCCGCAGCUUGUCCCACUGUCAGACACAAAGGUGUCGGACGUGGCUUCUGGUACCUGGCAUAUCAUGGCGCUUGCUACAAGGAGCAGCAAGAAGGAAAGAGAUUGUACCCAAUCAGAAAGUGAUGCUCCGUUCAGAGACCAUGUCUGGAGUACCCUACUCACAGAGCACACAAUGACAGAAAACACACUGAAGGGCUUCAGACAGGUUGGCCUUGAAGAAAGAAAAAAAGAAGAUGAAGAAGAGAGAGGUGAAAGAGAGAGGGCAAAUUCUGAAGAAUCACUCAAAGAUCCAGCAAAGGUCCAUGCUUCAGCGUUCAACAGGGCCAGGUCUGUGACAACAGGAAGCAGGCACUCAAUGAUUCAAUCUGGGUUGUGGAAGGCAAAUGGUGGGACAGUGGCGCUGUCUGACGAAGAGAGGUGGAAAGAGCAGUACAAAAAAAGAAGAAGCAAAGAUGUAGUCUUCACGACAAUACAUCCUUUACCAACAUCUUUGGAAGACCGCGACCUGCUGUGCACCAGCAUACUGCCAAGGCUGCAGCCAAGACAGCAGGAGGCUUAUUCUGAGGCUGGAAAGGAAAGGAAAAAAUGUCCGUCAACAAUCCAAAAAUCUGGAAGUGAUAACCACAUUUUGUCCCAAGUUGUCAUGGGUCCCAUACUCAGACCCCAACCGAGACCUCCUGGGAGAUGUGUGGGUUUUAAGGAUGGGAAUGUGGCCUCCUGCCACGGUUCAAGCAUGAGAUUACACCGUAGCCUCAAGUCUCCAGUUCAUAGCUCCUCCCUGUUUCACCGCCCUGAAGACCAAGUUCUUGUCCAUCCAGUGCCGCUUGUUGAGGAUUCUCUUUCUUAAACCUCCUCAAGGUUAUGCAGAUGAGGACUUUAUCAUGCUACUUCUCACAAGCGGUCAGUGCACAUGAUUCAUGCCCGAUUCACUUCCAGUUUUUUUAAGUUAUGUAAGGGCACUUUAUGCAUAGAGUUGACUGCGUUCUUUACAAAAACUCAACAAUUCCCCCCUUGUGCAAGCAUGAAGCCACAAUGACGAGUACAAACCCUCUUCAACCGGAAAAAACCUUGAGCAGAACCAGAUUCAGGCUCGGCAGCCAUCCAACAGUGAAUCUGUAAAGAUUAUGUCAUUUCAGUUCUGAAGCUUUGCCGUAUGUCGUAUUUUGUGUACUAUUUGAUAUUAGGAUAUAUAAUUGUGAUCCAACAAUAACCUCCUAAACAAAACCAAAAGUUUCUCAUAAAUGAGAAAACUGAAAAUAAGCACACAGACACUCUAAAACCGAUGGUAGAGCAGGUCUGUACCGAUGUGGCAAAAUCAAACACAAUUGAACACAGAAUGUCUUUAAAUUAAAGUUUUUCUUAUUAAGGGAGAAAAGGUCCAUACCUACAUGGCCCUGUGUGAAAAAGGGAUUGACCCCUAAACCUAAUAACUGGUUGGGCCACCCUUAGCAGCAACUACUGCAGUCAAGCAUCUGCGAUAACUUGUCUCUUACAGUGCUGUUGAGGAAUUUUGGCCUUCUCAUCAAUUCUGUCACAUUGGAGGGUUUUCAAGGAUGAAGCGCCUUUUUAAGGUCAUGCCACAGCAUCUCAGUAGUAUUCUGGUCAGGACUUUGACUAGGUCACUCUAGGUCUACUAGGCCACCAAACUUUUCUUCAACCAUUCAGGGAUGGACUUGCUGGUGUGUUUUGAAUCAUUGUCCUGCUGCAGAACCCCAGUUUGUUUCUGCUUGAGGUCACACACAGACGGAACCUCAUACUACCAAGACAAGUGAGGCAUGCAGAUAUUUGGAUGUUGUUGUGGUGUCUUUUAUGACCUCUGGGAUGAGUCGUCGCUGUGCGCUUUGGUUGGCCAGUCACUCCUGGGAAGAUUCACCACUGUUUUGUGUUUUCGCCAUUUGUGGGUAAUGGCGCUGACUGUGGUUUGCUGGAGUCCCAAAGCUUUGAAAAUGGCUAUAUAACCGCUUACAGACUGAUACAUUGCAAUUAAUCCAAGUUUAGUUAUGUUUUAAUGGGGGACCAAUCACUUGCACACAGGGCCACUUUGGUUUGUAUUGUGUUGUCAUUGACUAGUAUUUAAAUUUCCUUGAGGAUCUGAAAAAUGUAAGUAUGACAACAACACUUUUUCACGCCGCUUACCAUUCUCCCAGUCAUCAGCAAUUGUGACCUUUGGCCUCAUCUUGAAGCAGAUUUAUAAUUCAAACUGUGACUGUGGGAGCCACUGAGUGUUGGACUCACCACGUUCAAAUGACUAAUUUCCCCCUCCAUACAGACGAACAGCGCUGACGUGAUUGUAAUGCUUACAGUAUGAUGUUUAUUAAAAACAUAACCCGCAAGCCUUGACUCCCACAGAUCUUGGCUCAUAGUGAGACACUUCACGGGGAAGUGCCUCCAAGGCUGCAGAUCUCCACGGCAGAAUCAUAUGUUCAUGGUACUAUGACUCUUCCUACUGCCUGGUGAUUGAUUUGUUUCAAGCACAAGAAUGUAUGUGAUGAUGAUGUUCUACAUAAAACACAUGGAUCAUACAAAAAAUGUUUGGAAAGCAACAACGUGUAAAGUAAAUGUCAUGUGAUAUCAAUCUUUGGCCGCUUAAUUCAGUAGAUUUUAUUUCUGUUUUUUGGUCAAAGUCCUCAUAAAUGGUUGCAUGGAGAUGUCUUACUGGGUUUCAGUAUAAUAUUGUACACCUUAAUAAAGCCUAUUCCUCAAAACCAAAUGUCGGAGCAAACUAUGAGAUGAGAACGACAAUGGCUAAUUAUUAGUUUAACUCUUUUCUCGCUUGGCAGAAUAAACUGUCAGUUUCUCAGAAUAGUCACAUUGCUCCUUUUUCAGACAGUUCUUGUUCUGCUUCGUGACUGUAAUGCAAAGUUGUGGAACAGGUACUUGACCGUAUUUGCAAAUUUGUCCUCUGCAUUAAACCAUU